AUGCGCGAAGCCGAGCCAGUGAUGAACGAUGAACAUAAGCUGACCUCGCUGUGUCCUCUAGUCUGCCCCAACUGCAGCAAUGCGCUGACUAUUUCCCGCGCGGACUCGACGACCCAGUAUCCGAUGGGUGUCAACCGAUUCGAGUGCCGCACCUGUCCCUACGAGGAUGUCAUCGGAGGAGGCAAGCAGUACUAUGAGAAGACCGAGAUGAAGCAGAAGGAGGUGGAAGACGUCUUUGGGGGCGCGAACGAGUUUGCCAACGCAGACAGCGUUGCCACGCAAUGCCCAGCCGAGAACUGCAACGGGGACCGUGCAUACUUCUUCCAGCUGCAGAUCCGUAGUGCCGACGAGCCGAUGACUACGUUCUUGAAGUGUACGAGCUGCGGCGCUCGGUGGAGAGAGAAUUGA